AUGUCGGAUCAGCAUCUCCACUUCGAUACGCUCCAGCUCCACGCUGGGCAUGAGCCGGAUCCUGCAACCAACUCUCGCGCGGUUCCCAUCUAUGCGACAACCUCAUUCGCCUUCAAUGACUCCGCUCAUGGCGCGAGGCUAUUCGGCCUCAAGGAGUUUGGAAACAUCUACAGCCGGAUCAUGAACCCGACAGUCGAUGUCUUCGAGAAGCGCAUUGCUGCUCUCGAGGGCGGUGUUGCCGCCGUCGCGGCUUCGUCGGGCCAGGCCGCCCAGUUCAUGGCCAUUUCGGCCCUGGCCCACGCCGGCGACAAUAUCGUCUCUACCAGCAACCUGUACGGUGGCACUUACAAUCAGUUCAAGGUUCUUCUUCCCCGGCUGGGUAUUACGACCAAGUUCAUCCAAGGCGAGAAGCCCGAGGAUGUCGCCGCGGCCAUUGAUGAUCGAACCAAGGCUGUCUACGUGGAGACCAUCGGCAACCCCCGCUACAAUGUCCCUGAUUUUGAGGCCAUUGCUAAGGUUGCUCAUGAAAAGGGGGUUCCCUUGGUGGUCGAUAAUACAUUUGGAGCCGGUGGGUAUUUCAUUCGUCCCAUUGACCACGGUGCCGACAUCGUCGUGCACAGCGCCACCAAGUGGAUUGGAGGCCACGGAACCACGAUCGGUGGUGUAGUGAUUGACAGCGGCAAAUUUGACUGGGGUAAACACGGAGCUCGAUUCCCGCAGUUCAUCGAGCCGUCCGAAGGCUACCACGGGCUCAAGUUCUGGGAGACUUUUGGCCCGGUUUCAUUUGCAAUCCGCGUGCGUGUCGAGAUCCUGCGCGACCUAGGUUCAGCUCUCAACCCCUUUGCGGCGCAGCAGCUGAUCCUGGGUCUGGAGACGUUGAGUCUGCGCGCCGAGCGACAUGCCAGCAACGCCCUCGCCCUGGCCAAGUGGCUUCAGAAGAACGAGCAUGUCAGCUGGGUCUCGUACCCCGGUCUGGAGGACCAUCCGGCGCACGAGCUCGCGAAGCGGUAUUUGAAGCGCGGCUCUGGUGGUGUGCUCUCGGUGGGCAUCAAGGGUGGAGCGACGGCCGGAAGCCAGGUGGUUGAUGGCUUCAAGCUGAUCUCCAACCUGGCCAACGUCGGCGACUCCAAGACUCUCGCUAUCCACCCCUGGUCCACGACUCACCAACAACUGACGGACCAGGAGCGUCUUGACUCCGGGGUCACCGAAGACGCAGUCCGCAUCUCGGUUGGCACGGAGCACAUCGACGACAUCAUCGCCGACUUCGAACAGUCGUUCCAUGCCUCUCAGGCUGCUUUGCCGGACCGCAGCACUUGA